UUACAGUUGUUGGCAACGUAUUCUAAGUUGCAUGUACUUCAAUGGCUGAUGAAUAUAAGGAAGAAGCUGGUGACCGGUCUGGAAAAAAAGGGGAAUCAAGGAGUGAAAUCAUUGAACAGGAAAUGGUUGACGAUCGUAAGGAAGAAAGGACAGUAGCCGAUGUUAGGAAAGGUGAAAUGAAUGUUGGAAGAAAAGAUGAAGGAAGUGUUGAAAUGAAGGAAGCAGCAAGUUCGGAACCACUUACUGAAGAUUUGAAUAGAAGUGGCAGUGGAAUGAAUGAUAGUAUCAGUGAUAUAGACGAAAUCGCAGAAGUGACCAAAGAGGAAAAACCGAAGCCAGUAAAAAGAGGCCUUCUUGAUGAGCCAGUUGUACGAGAAGGAAAAAGACAACGUCAUGCAGUGGAACGACUUGCAGCCGUCUCGUCUCCACCGUCAAGGAAAGCAUCUUUGGAUGCGGUUGGAUCGGGAACUUCUCUUGGUGACAUUGAAUUCGUGAAUACUGGCAUUUCUAAAGCGCAAAAUGAAACAUUGAAAUGGCUUCAUAGGCUAUGUUACGGCACUCCUGGGACCGCAACAUCCAGAAAAAGAGACCUGAGAAGAUUUAACGGUUUUGCAUUUGAUGAAAAGAGUGCUGAUUUCGACAAAAAGAAGGCAACGGCAAUGAAGUUCACAAAUAAUGAGUUACAUAUGAUUGGAAGAAUUUUGGGUUCAGAGAGGGGACACACGAAGGAAGAAGCAGUGAUGAAUGUCCUUCAUUUCUUGCAAAAACCGGAAGAUAAGGGCAGGAAGAUCACAUCAGCAAAGAAGCGAAGAAGUUCUUCAAAAUCGACGGGGAAAAGAGUGAAAAGAAGCAGAAUCGAGGGGAGAGGAAAUAAAAAAAGCAUAAGAAAAUCAAAAGAAGAAUCAAGUGAGAAUGACGAUGCUAGUCAGAGCGGGGAGGAAUCUAGCGGUGAUGAGAAUACUGCAAAGAAGAAAUCAGAAUCGACAAGCACAACAAAAAAUCGUUCGGAAAAGAUGAAAAGUUCAACCAAAUUAACUUCUGUUUCCAAAAGCAAUACGGCUAAGGAAGACCCAACUUGGGGCGACGGUGGACCUUCAAAUGCAGAGGUGGAAGCUGCGAUCAACGAUAUACUUCGUUCUGUGGAUCUUGUGAAUUGUACGAUGAAGCAGAUGUGUGAAAGGAUUGCGGAAAAGUUCCCAAAUUUGGAUAUGGUAACGUAUAAAGGUGCACUGAAGGAACGCGUGAAAUCAGCUUUGGAGAAAAUGGAAGAUUCAUGAACCUACUGUCUUGUUGCUGAUCUCUGUUAUUGUAUUAAAUUUUUCAUUUGCUACCUUCAAAGUUUGUUUUAUUUUUCUAGAUUUGUUUAUUGCCUCAGCUUUUAAUGGCGGCCAUCCUUAGCCCCAAAAUAAUUUUUAUUCACCUCAUUGCAUAUUUCCUUUCCAUCUUAAUCACGGAAUUUGUCCUUCUCAUGUUUAAUAACAGAAGAUAUAUAACAUUUUAACACUUAUUUCAUUGAGGACAUUUAUUUUAAUAUUCAUUGUGAAGGCAAACUCUAACAGUCUAAUAGUAUGUGUCAUAUGCA